GCGCUUUACAGAUCGCUACAGAUCCGGAUAAUGACGAGCCAGCCUGACAGUUUACUCAUCACAACAUUACCAACAGGGCGUUUCGAGCAAUGUUCAGAAGCAGUAGCUGCUUCACUUAUCUUGGAAUGGGUCCACCCUGAUCGUAACAGCCUUUCCCUUUCAUUCAGGCAACAUGACAUUUUAAGCUGCUGAAAAUGAACAAACCCAAAAUGGCCUCAGAAAAAGGUGUUCCCAGUAACUCCAGUCUACUCAUGCUUCUGGACCAAAUAGAGAGAAUGAACGGGGAGGCCAUGCUCAGGGAUGCUGAACUGGCCAGACAUGUCACUGCAAAAAUCCUUCAUCUCAUACAGACACAAGAGAAGAGUGGACGGGAGAUUAUGUCCAAGGGCAGCGGAAUGGAGGUCAUCCUGGCUUCACUGGAGAACUGCAGGGACGUUCAGACCACCUUAAACAUCCUCUACAUUCUAACUGAGUUGCUGUCUGUGGGCAGAGGCCACAGGGUGGAAGUGUUUAUUUCCAAAGGAGGAACAGGAAUUUUAUUCCAGAUUCUGAUUUCUGCUAGUAAAGAGUCGCCUCCCAGCGUAGAGCUCAUGCUUCAGCUUCAUUCCCUUCUGGCAAAGGUUGGACCUAAAGACCGGAGGUUUGGAGUGAAGGCUCGCUUGAGUGGAGCGCUGAACGUCACUGUCAACCUGAUAAAACAAAAUCUGCAAAACACCAAACUGCUUCUGCCCUGUCUGCACGUUCUUAGGGUUUACUCUUCCAACUUGGUAAACGCCAUGUCAUUGGGCAAGAUUGAAGGAGUAGAACUCAUGUUCAAGAUUAUUGGACCGUACAGCAAGAAAAAUACCAGUCUACUCAAGGUAGCUCUGGACGCACUGGGAGCUCUGCUCAAAUCCAAAACGAAUGCUCGCCGUGCAGUGGACGGUGGCUAUGUGGCUGUCCUGCUGGCUCUGUACCAGGAUUGGCAUCGCAACGACACGCGAUGUCGUCACAUUUUGAUUCGGAAGGGGCUCCUGGUCUGCCUUCGGAACGUUACUAACAUCAAACUGGGUAGGAAGGCUUUCAUAGAUGCUGACGGCAUGAGGAUUCUGCUCAACUCGUCUACCGAGUGUCUCCCAGUGCGGACUCUGGAUCCUCUUGUUAACACGUCGAGUCUCAUCAUGAGGAAGUGCUUUCCUAAGAACCGUUUGCCUCUGCCGACCAUCAAGUCCGCCUUCCACUUCCAGCUCCCUCACAUACCUGCCGGAGGUCCCGUGGCGCAGCUGUACAGCCAUCCUCCCGGGGGAAAAACAAGUCAUCAGCUCAGCAACAAGGUCUUAAAGAAGGUUGAUGAUGUGGUGGAUGACAGCGAUGAUAAUGAGGAGGCGGAGGCUGAUACAGACACUGAGAAUGACGAAGAUGAGAAGGACAACUGUAUGCUGAAUGACGACAUAGAAACAGACCUUAACAAGCUUUAUCCCAAAAGGAGCCUUUGCCGUCCUUUCGAGGAUCUAAAGGUCUAUGAGAGAUUCUUCUUAGAGCUGUCCGAAGACUUUCAGGGAUACACCCUUAAGGGCCCAAAGAGUACUAAUUCCAUGCCUUCAUCGGCUUCCCCAUCAUCCUUGUCAGCAUCAGCUCGCUCCCCUCGACCAGUCACAGUGCCCUCUGCUCAAACUCAGCCACCAAAUGACAUUCCCAUACCAAGUUCUCAGGAGGAUCGCAGCUCUACCAAAGGUCAUGGAACCCAGCCGUCUUCAUCUGCUCUCACGUCGACCCCCUCUCCUCCUUUAACCCCUCUAGACCUGGACAACAUCCACCUGAGCAAAGGUAAAAAAGAGGAGGCCAGUAGUCCUUCUGAUGGGGAUAGAGUGAUAGAAAAGGAACUAGUUAGUCCAUUUGAGUGUGUCUCUUUGGAGGAGAAGGAAGAUCUCAAUGCGGAUGCCUCUGAAAGAGUCAGACAGGAAGGGUCUCCAAUCAAUGCCACCAGACACAUACAGUCCCCUUUGCUUUUGGGGGGUAUCCCUACUCUUCGGGUCGGAAGUGGAGGCAGUAACUUAGGUUCAGAUUGUGGCUCAGAGGGGGCUGACGAAGAAGGAGGGGAGGGGGCCGUGCUGGAAGUGCCAGACACUGCUCGCCUUCUCCCACUGCACAAUCCAGACUUGUAUGUGGAGAUGGUGAAGGAGACCUGCUCAGUCCCGCAGUACGCAGAAGUGGCUUACCCAGACUACUUUGGUCACGUGGCACCAACAUUCAAGGAGCCUCUUCUGGAGAGACUUUACGGGGUGCAGAGGUCCAAGAUUUUCCAGGACAUUGAGAGGUUGAUUCAUCCAAAUGACAUCUUGGAUAAAGUGGUUUAUGAUCUUGAUAUUCCCAAUUGUCCUUUGGUUAAAGACGAAGGGGAAUCGCUGAAGUUCAACUCUCAGUUUGAAUCUGGCAACCUCAGAAAGGCAAUUCGAGUUAGGAAGUAUGAGUACGAUCUCGUCCUGAAUGCCGAUAUAAACAGCAAUCACUACCAUCAGUGGUUUUAUUUUGAAGUGAGCGGCAUGCGAGUUGGAGUUACUUACCGCUUCAACAUCAUCAACUGUGAGAAGUCAAACAGCCAGUUCAACUACGGCAUGCAGGUGCUGAUGUACUCUGUGCAAGAGGCCAUCAGUGGCCGGCCUUGUUGGGUCAGAACAGGAACCGACAUCUGCUACUACAAGAAUUACUUUGCAAGGAGUUCCAUUGCAGCUGGUGGACAGAAAGGAAAGUCUUAUUACACGCUGACCUUCAGCACGAGCUUCAGCCACAAGGAUGACGUCUGCUACUUUGCCUAUCACUACCCUUACACGUUCUCCACUCUUAAGAUGCACCUUUCCAAACUGGAGGAUUUGAGGACACCUCAGAUUUACCUGAGACAGGAUGUACUGUGUGAAACGCUGGGAGGAAACCACUGCCCGCUCCUCACAAUCACUGCCAUGCCCGAGUCCAAGUCCAGUAACCACAUCUAUCAGUUUCGGAAUCGCCCAUUGAUCUUCUUGUCAGCCAGAGUACACCCUGGAGAGACUAAUGCCAGCUGGGUGAUGAAAGGCACGCUGGAGUUUCUGAUGGGCACUAGCACUCUGGCAGCCAGCCUGAGAGAGGCGUACAUCUUCAAGAUCGUCCCCAUGCUCAACCCCGAUGGAGUUAUUAACGGAAAUCAUCGUUGCUCUCUGAGUGGAGAGGAUUUGAAUCGCCAAUGGCAGAGCCCCAACCCUGAGCUCCACCCCACCAUCUACCAUACUAAGAGCCUGCUGCAGUAUCUUGCACACAUACAAAGGGCACCGCUGGUGUUCUGCGAUUACCACGGUCAUUCUAGAAAGAAGAAUGUCUUCAUGUACGGCUGCAGUCUGAAGGAGACCGUCUGGCAGUCCAACAUCAGCGCUACCUCCAGUGACUUACAGGAGGAUCUCGGGUACAGGUCACUUCCUAAGAUCCUGUCUGAGAUUGCUCCAGCCUUCAGCAUGGCCAGCAGCAGUUUUGUCGUGGAGCGCUCCAAAGAGUCAACCGCCCGUGUGGUUGUUUGGAGAGAGAUUGGAGUGCAGCGCAGCUAUACCAUGGAGAGCACGCUGUGCGGCUGUGACCAAGGGAAAUAUAAGGGUUACCAGAUCGGUACCAGAGAGCUGGAAGAGAUGGGCGCUCAGUUCUGUGUGGCCCUCCUGAGGCUGAAGAGGUUGAUCGGGUUUCGCAAUCACCAACAUGGGUGGGAUUUGGACAACGACGUGAUAACCAUCCCAGCAAAAACCGUGAGCAGUAGCCCAACCACCUAUGUGAUGGAAGAAGACGAGCCGUCCUUCCUGGAGGCCAUCGACUACAGCGCUGAAAGCAACGACGAAGACGCCGAGCCUGAAAACGAGCUUGCUGACGAAGCUCAGGAGAAUCUCGACCAGCUAUCCGACUAGCGCGGACCUUAAGCUCACAGCUAGCCAGUGCCUGUUCCAAGUUGAUAACAAAGCAUUGGAGUUCACAGCAGGAGUUGUGAGAACCUUCACCUCUCACUUUUGUCUGGUGACUGAAUAGUCUCCCACACUGUUUGCUCUUUUCCCACUUCUUCUGUAGGCCGGCUCAGUGGCCCACUGCUUUUCCUGAAUGUGCAAACUCCACUUGCCUUUUUCUUCACCCAAAUUCACAACUGUAAGAAUCGGGGUGUUUCAGUGAAUGUUUUCACCUUUCACUAUCACGCUUCACAGACCCCCACUUCUCAUAUAUAAGGACAGACUUUCAAGUAACUGAAGGAAUGUAGUUUUCCUCACUUAAACUACACAAAACCAACUUUCUUUGGUUCUUGGUAGAACAUUACUGAUAUGAAUAUUAUGUAGUCGUGCUGUUUUGCACUUUUGAGCAGUCCUCCUCGCCUCCUCUAAAAUAUCUCCAUCCUUUACCACGGUGCAAUCACUCGCUAUUUGCCUUUGUCCGUCUAUGAAUGAAACUGUAGAUCACACGAAUGUAAAACCUUCACGUCUUUUUCAGCUCUUCAAAUACAGAUGCAAACCUUUGUUACAAACUUCUGCCUUCACAAGCAGCGGUUCCAUAUUUAGAUGGGGUUUCUCGUAUCCACGUAUCGUAUCGUCAGUGUUACCACACAGUAUUCUAAAGCUAUGAACAAAACGCAUGAGCUGCUGAAAGCAGAAAACACCUUUACACCUCUACUGAUAGCAACCAGAGUGUUGGUAAAAUUCACUUUACAUGUCAAAAAAAUGUCACCUGAUUGCUGUUCAAUAAUGAUACUGGAAUUUUCCUUUGCUCCUCUGUGUACAUUUGUGGACUUGCUUUAAGCAGAUGGCGCCUUGUAUGAUAAGAACGACAUAAUUUGGAUUUUUCUUUUUAUGAACAUUUGUUUGUGGAGCAUAUGGAUUUCUUUUUUUAGUUCAGGGUGGAUCUUUAAUGUUUGUAUUUGAACCAUUCUCCGUAUGUUUGAGCAAAACGCUCACAAAAGUCUAUUCCAUUAUUCGGCUAAACUGAACCUCUCAGAAUUUCUUCUUUCAAUUUGAUUAUCCUGCCUUGCUCUUCAGUCUUUCCAAUCAUUUUCCCUCCUCUUCCUCUGUCCUUUCGUUUUAUUUUUUUUUCCCUAUUUUGCUUUUAAACAUCUCACAAAACCAAGGUGAUCACUGUUACAAAUGCACAUGCAAGUCUGGUAGAGAUGUAAAAUGUUUAUGAGAGUCAUGUCGACACAUAAUUUUAAUAUUUGAUGUGCAUAUUUAUGUUUGUGAAGCCGUUUGUGUUGCAACCUUGUGCUUGAAAAGUUUUUAUUUUGCUUUUGGUUUUAAUCUUGUUUUAGGUUGUUGGUGUGGCUACCAAAAUGUGAGGCUACAUGGAGGAGUGAAGCUUUAGGAAAUAAAAUGUGAACAAAGAAAACUGCCACUUGGUUUCCCUUUUUUCUUUCCUAAAUUUGUAGUGUUGAACAUGAUGUGUUUUUUUUAAGGUAGCACUAAAGGUUUUGUAAAGCCUCUGUUGAAUGAAAGUUAGAUCCAGACGUUUUAUUUAACUUUAUUCAGCAGUUUUUUCGCUCAAAAGUCCAAAGUAUUUGACAAAGACUAUUAUUAAAAAAAGUGAGUAUCUGUAAUGCUGUCGGUUCCUAAAACAUGCAUGACUUGCAAAAAUGUGAAAGUGUUUAAUAAAGACGUUUAGAUCUGGA